GGGAUAUGAAAUUAGCAUUAUUGAACCCCCAAAAGCAAAUUUUUACAAGUCCUAUUUCAAGAAGAAGUUUCACGCCAUCCUGCACCACCCCCACAGCACUACUUGACUCACAAGCUUGAGGUCUCCACGCGCGUUUAAUGCGUCGGCUGGUCGGCUGUUAGAAGUGACAGGACGUGUGGGGUGUGGGGCUUCAGCUGCGAAGACAGUGGUCUGUGUUAUGGUCCGAUGAGUCCGGAAAUGUCUGGGGAAGCUCAGGAAAGUUAUAAUGAUGACGAAACCGUGGAAAAUAUUGGUUUGGGAUGUGCGUUGGAGUAUUUUUCGGAAUCGGAAGAGGUUAUGAAAAUGAUUCACGAUUUACGAACCGUCUAUUCUACGGGAUCACCAGCCGAAAAAGCUUACGAACGGUUUUUAAAAGUUUUAACUUUGUACCAAGAACAGCGGCAUUUAUUAGACCCAUAUCUCGAAAAAAUGUUAAAUAGUCUUGUAGAACUGGUGAGAAACAAUGACUCUCCCAUGGAUCUCAAACAUGCGUCAUUUAAAUAUUUGCAAGUGGUGAUUAAAGUUCGAGGUUAUAAAGUAGUUGUUCGACAUUUACCUCAUGAGGUAUCAGAUAUGGAACCAGUUCUAACAAUGUUAGAAAAUAUAGAUCCCAAAGAUAUUGAUUGUUCUUGCACAAGAAAUGUAUUGUUGUUGUGGCUCUCUAUAAUUGUCAUGAUGCCAUUUCAUAUGUCUCGAUUAGAUAGUUUUGAACCUGGAGACAAUUCAUCAGAAGGAAAGAAAACAAUGAUGUCACGAGUGUAUGAACAAGUGAAACUGUCAUUAAGACAGGGAUUACACAUUCAGUAUGAGUCUUUUUUGGCAGCAAGAUUUCUGACUCGAUCUGAUGUGAAGGAGGUACACUUGGCAUCAUUUUUAAAUUGGUGUAAAACAGUUUUCAGUGAUCCUGCUUCUGGACCAUAUGCUCAAAGUGGUGUUCUGGCAUCAGUUGCUGCAAUUUUGAAGCAUGGAAAAAGAGAGGAUUUGCUUCCUCAUGCUCCCAACCUUUUAUCAUGGAUAAUGGGAUGCAAGUAUCGUGAGAAUCAGAACUCGCUUAUAAGGAAGUAUGGAGUUAAAGUUAUGCAACGAAUUGGAUUAACAUUUCUGAAGACUAGAGUUGCUAUCUGGAGAUAUGAACGCGGUUGUCGUUCCUUGUUGGCUAAUCUUAGUGGUGGUGAUACUCAAAAACAUGAUUCAUCUAGUUCAAAAAAUCUAUUACCUUCUGAAGAUACUGGUGAGGAAUUUGAAAUUCCUGAAGAAAUGGAGGAGGUGAUAGAGGAAUUAAUGCAGGCGUUGAGGGACUCUGAAAUGGUAAUAAGAUGGUCAGCAGCAAAAGGUAUUGGACGUGUAACUGGUCGUUUGCCAAAAGAUCUUGCAGAUGAAGUUGUUGGCUCUGUUUUGGAAAUGUUUAAUCCACGAGAAUCUGAUGGUGCUUGGCAUGGAGGCUGCUUAGCAUUGGCAGAAUUAGGGCGAAGAGGCCUCCUUGUACCGGAAAGACUGAGUGAUGUUGUGCCUGUUGUUUUAAAGGCUCUAGUUUAUGAUGAACCCAGAGGGUAUUUUUCAGUUGGUAGCCAUAUUCGUGAUGCUGCAUGUUUUGUAUGCUGGGCAUUUGCUAGAGCCUAUGAUAAAGAAAUUCUUCUCCCUUUUGUAAAUGAUAUUGCUGGUGCUUUACUUGUAGUAGCUUCAUUUGAUAGAGAGGCAAGUAGAAAUGUGAAUUGCAGGAGAGCUGGUUCUGCUGCCUUUCAGGAAAAUGUUGGUCGCCAAGGAACAUUCCCUCAUGGAAUCGAUAUUCUCACUGCUGCUGAUUACUUCAGUGUCGGAGUGCGGAAUAAUGCUUUUCUCAAUAUCAGUGUUUUCAUUGCCCAAUUUGAAGAAUACACACAAGUAUUAAUAAAUCAUUUGGUCGAUAAGAAAGUUGAACACUGGGAUGUGGCUAUUCGAGAAUUAUCUGCUAAGGCAUUGCAUAAUUUGACUCCAAGAGCUCCAACAUACAUGUCAGAAAUUGUUUUGGGAAAACUUCUGGAGAAAACUAAUUCAGUUGAUCUCAACGUUAGACAUGGGGCCAUAAUUGCUAUUGCUGAAAUAUUACAUGCAUUAUUUGUUUCAUUGGAUAUGUCGCCAAAAAUUUUUCUGGAUGUUGUGAGAGAAUGGCAAGCAUUACUGGAUGAAUGUUUUUCCCAUGAAAGUAUUAAUGUUCGUGCACGAGCUGCAUCAGCAUUGCCAGUUUUUCUCUCUGAGUAUUGUAGAACCUGUGAAAAUGAUUCAUGGGUAGUUAAAAUGUCAGAGAGGGAUGCACUCAUUGGAAAAUACACUGAACAUUUAACAGCUAACAACGAGACCACACGAAUGGGCUUUGCUUUGGCCAUAGGUUCUCUACCUGAUUUCAUUUUAAAAGGACAACUCCAUAUAGUCCUUCCUGCUUUAAUCACAUGUACGCAAGUUACUGAAACAACAGUGAAAUGGGCUGAGAGCCGCAGGGAUGCUUUAAAAGCGCUUGUAUCAGUAUGUACUACUGUAGGAGUUGAUACUUCAUCUCUAGAUAAAACAACUUCAUUGCUUAGCCAUUUGGAUGUUUUAUUCGACUGUUUCUUCAGCAGUCUAAUGGAAUAUACUUUAGAUAGUAGAGGAGAUAUCGGUGCAUGGGUUCGAGAAGCAGCUAUGUCAGCAUUGCAGACACUUACCUUACUGGUUUUGAAAGCCGACCCAUCAUUAUUAAAGCCGGAUCUAGUGAAAAGGAUUGUUGCUAGUGUGAGCCAGCAAGCUGUGGAAAGAAUAGAUAGAACUCGGGCUCAUGCCGGCAAUGUCUUCUGUAGCCUUAUUCACAGUAAUCCUCCAGUACCCAAUAUUCCUCACCAUGAACAACUUUUGGAAAUUUUUCCUCCAGAUGAAUGUAGAAACAACAUUGUGUGGAUUUCUGCUAGUAACACAUUCCCCAAAUUUGUUCAACUUCUACGCUUUCCUGAAUUUACAUAUCACAUUUUGUUGGGUCUUUUUGUCAGUAUUGGAGGCAUCACUGAAAGUUUGGUGAAACAUUCCAGCAAUUCUUUCUUUUCACUCUUAAAAGAAUGGGAGAAUGAUCCAAAAGAACUAAAUAGAAUCUGUGAUACUAUUAUAGAACUGUUCAUUGAAUAUCAUUCAGAUAACAGAGUAGUUUGCCCGUUAUAUGGAUUCUUGGAUCGUUUGCUGGGCUCUGGACAUGUAUCCUUGAUUUUGAAAGACGCAGAUAGUAAAUUUGCUUCAGAAAUACUUCGUCUUGUCAGAUCUGACAUUCAAAAGAUAAGAGAUCACAAAAAAAGAAUGGGAAGCAUUGAUGUUCUGUGCCAAUUGAUACAGGUCAAAGGUCCUGUGUCAAAAGGUGCAUUAGUACAGUUGAGCAUCUUCCUUUGUUCCUACUAUUUGACCGUUAGAAGAGCAACUGCAGCAAAACUGUACGAAUCACUUCUGCUUUAUGGAGAUGAGUCUAUAAUUCCAGAAGAGAAUUUGGAUGAAGUCAUGACAGUACUUAGUGAAACAGAUUGGGAAGAUGAAGUAGCUAAUGUAAAGCCAAUUCGAAACAGCCUGUGUGGCCUCAUGAAUAUCCCUGUGCCUAAAGUUGUGACAGGAAUAAAAAAGUAAUAUGAAAUUUGUGAUAGUUUUCUUACUUUGUAUAUUCAUGAAGAAUCUAAACGAUGAACGUUUUACAUAAAGUGUUUGCAGGAAAUAUUCAGGAAUACAAGAAUGAUCUUCUAGGGUACCUACUAAAAUUCCUAAAAUCUCCUAAUAAUUCUGCACAAAUGGUAGUUGAAAAUCUAAAAGCCUACUCUUUUAUACGUUUCUUGCAGGAAAAGAUGUUUUUAGUUGUAUGAAAAAAAUGGGCUGAUGUGUUUAAUAUAUCACAUACCCCAAUUGAAUGUUCUAACUGCAAUACAAUGUCCAAAAGCAGCUUUAAGACUAAUAUAGUGUUUUUAUGUCUAAUACCAAUUAAUACAAAGAUUAUAAGUUUGUAAUUAAACAAAAUUAUUUGACUUUUAAGAAAAAAUGUUUCUGUUUUAAUUGUUAGUAAAAUGCUUAAUGCUUUCUAACUUCAUACUGUUAAUGAAUUUUUGUAGAUACUUCACAUUGUACCAAAUGUAAUACUUAUAAAUUUUCAGUAUUCAAAAGAAUACUGAAAAUUUUAUGCUACCUGCUUAAAUGGUUAUAUAUCAUUGCAGCUGCUAAAAUCUUUCCAAAAUAAAUAUUUUCUAUUAAAUGAAUUAUUAUUGUUCAAACUCCUCCUUGCCAAGGGUUAAGUUUCAUUCCAUUUUUGCAAUUUGUUCUUUUGAGUGCCCAAGAAGACUGCUUUAUCCAUUUGACUUUUGUAUAAACAAUUGGAAUUGUCUUAAUGAGGAAGUAUGCUGUAGGGUACCACAGGGUGGCCACUAAGGUGGUCCACAAGAAAAUAAAUUUUUGAAUUUAAUGUAGUGCAUCCUCUACAAUGAAAAUUUGUUAAUAAACAAAAAUUUUGGAUAGGUUUUAUCAAAAAACCUUUUUUAUUAUAAUUAAAAAAUAAAAUUAAAC